AAAGAGAGAUUAGUUAUACACACACAUUCAUACACACAUAACAAUGAUGAGUUGUUUGUAAAAAAGAGACAAAUAGUUUAAUCAAACAAAUACAAAAAGAGAGAAAGAAAUAGAAUAGUCAAGACUCAAGUAACACACACUCGUGUUGUUGUCGUCGUCGUCGUCGUCGUAGUUGUGUCGUGUAUUGUCGUGGUUCCCCGUCCGUCAUAUUCCCCCUGGUUUGAAAGCAAGGUUGCGGGACAGAGAGUUGGUUGAGACUUGAGAGAGUUGCUCAUUGCUGCGACCACUACAUUUACUAGUUUGUUGCGACGCAGGAAGAAACGGUGCAGUGUGAUACACGGGUGUUCGUUUUUUUUUAUUAUUAUUAUUUUAUAAUAAAAUAUAUAUAUCAAUUAAAUUAUAUUUUUUAAUAUAAAUAAUUAAUAUAUAUUAAUUAUUAUUUAAAAAAUUUUAUUCACCAAGUAAGUGUUAUACUUGUUCGGCCAUGGAGAAGCGGAUAGAACUUGAGAAAAGGGGAAGGAAUCCCGCCGAUAUUAAAGACCUUACACUUGACAAUUGUCGGAGCACAAAUAUUGUAGGUUUGUCUGAUGAAUUUGUGGGUCUUGAAUCACUCAGUUUAAUAAAUGUUGGUCUUACAAGUCUAAAAGGUUUUCCAGUCUUACCAAAUCUUAAAAAGUUAGAGUUGAGUGACAAUAGAAUCUCUGGUGGUUUGAAUCUUCUCAUUACAAGUCCAAAAUUAACUCAUCUUAAUUUGAGUGGUAAUAAAAUAAAAGAUCUUGACACACUUCAACCAUUGAAAGAUUUAAAAAAUUUAAAGAGUCUUGAUUUAUUUAAUAAUGAAGCAACAGAUAUGGAUAAUUACAGAGAAAAGGUAUUCAGUCUUAUACCUAGUUUAAGAUAUCUUGAUGGUUUUGAUAUGGAUGAUUGUGAGGUUGAGGAUAGUGAAGGUGAAGAUGAUGAAGUUAAUGGUAACGAUGAUGCCAAUGAUGAUGACAGUGAUGAUGUCACAGAUGAUGAUGACGAUGAUGAUUUAGAUGAAGAAGAAGAACCAUCAUUAAAAAUGGUAUACAAAGAUGAUUUAGAGAAUGACAGUGAUGAAGAAGAUUACGUAACAGAACCAGAAGAUGAGGCUGAUGAUGAUGAGCCAGACAGUGAUGAGCAAGAUGAUGAAGAUUGUGAUGUUGUUGAAGAAUCAACAAGAGUCCAAGGAAAAAAAAGAAAACAUGAAGAUGCUAGUGAACCUGGUAACUAGAGACACGAUAAAGAAUGAUUUUUGAUGCUGUUGAAUGAGUGUUAAAUUCUUAUUAUAUAAAUAUAAAUAAUAACAAUAAUUUCGUCGACGAGUGAGAUGAACAGCUGAAAAUCAAACAAAUUUAUUGACCGACCAAUGACAGACUACACAGUUAAUGGUGUGAAUUUAUCAGUAGGAAAAAUGAAAAUAAAAAAAAUACAAAAAUUAAAUAAAGUAAAAAUAAAAUAAAUAUAAAAUAAAAAAUAAAAAAUAAAAAACUAAUUAUCAUGACUGAAUAAAGAAAAAUAAAAUUGCCGAGGGCAUGGGAGAAAAGAGAGCCGGAGAUGGGGGUUAAUAAAUAAUAAUAAUAAUAAAUAAAAUAAAAUAAAGAAAGGAGCAUAUUUGUCUGUUAGCUCCAGUCAGCCAAAGGCUGAUCAUGCUGGAAUGCAGCCAUCGUUACAUUGUACAAUUAAAUAGACAACAAAUUGACUAAAAAAUUUAAAUAAUUAAUAAUGAGGAACAAUAUAAACUAAAAACUUUUUGUACAGGUUUUCACCAAUGCAAACAAUAAAUAUUAACUACAUGAUGAAUGAUAACUGUUUUUGGGACAGAAAAUAAAUUUAAUUUUAGAAAUUAUUAUUUUUUUUUUAUUUUAAAUAAUUUCAUUGAUUUACACAAAAAAUUUAAUUUUUUUUGAAACAGCCAAUCUCACUCGCGCGACGAUUGGUCGUUAGUAUUUUAAUUUUUUUUUUUUUUUAUCUAAUUAUAUAUCGUAAUUAUUGCUAUUAUUAUUAUUAUUCUUAUUAUUAUUAUUUUGUCUAAAAUUAUCGCAAUGUAUAACAUGAUAAUUAUUAAUUAAUUAAUUAAUUGAAAAAAAAAAAAGCAAGAAAAUAAUAAUGCAAAUUCACAUAAUUUUUUAAGUAAUAAUAAAUUAUUAUUAUUUUUCUAUUUCAUCAACGCUCAAUAAAUUAUUGUUGUUCAAAUAAUAUUUUUGUUUUUAUAUAUUAUUAUAUAAUAAUAAUAAAAGAAAAAUAAGAAAAAAAAAAUAAAAUAUAUAUAUUGUGUACGUCUGCCAAAGCGACAAUGAUAAUUUAUUUAUUUUUUUUUUUCUUAAAAUGUACACUGAACAAAAUCUUAAAAAAAAAUAAAAAAUAAAAAAAAAACAAUAUUAAUUUCCUAAGUUUUAAAUGAAUGAAAAUAAUAUCCAUUGUAAUUGAAUUUUUUUUCUGUCUCAAAACUGUUGUUAAAUCACAGCAUAAAUAUAUAUUAAUUUCGUAAAAAAUAUAUUUAAAAAAAAUGAAAAAAAUAUUUCGAUAUAGUUUAAUUGAGAAUGGUAAAAAAAAAAUACAAAAUAAAUUUUCGAAAAAUGAAAGUGAUGAUGAGGAUAAUAAUAAGAUGAAAAAAAAAAAAAAAAAAAAAAAUUGUUUGAUUAAGCUUAAUGAUUAAAAUGGUAAAAGACUGGAGACCUUUUGGACGAAACUGACUGAAAUUGACUUGAACAUAAGUGAGUGGAUGCUGGGAUGUGUGAGAAUGUAAUAAAUAAUUGGUUUUAUAUUAAAAAUAAAAAUAAAAAAAAUUAAACAAAGUAUAAAUAAUAAUAAUAAUAAUGAUAAUUAAACAAAAAAAAAAAAAAAACAAUUAUGGUAGUGUCGAGGACCUGGUGAAAGAGACCUUGCUGCCAAAUCGUUAUGGCCUUAUCCACAUUUUUCCAAGACUUUUAAAAA